CGUUUUUCCUUAAAAGAGCUGGGAAUUUAAUGGAAACUAUCUGCAAUUUAAAAAGUGAUAAAGUGUAAAUUCACCGACUAGGAUUAGUUCCAGGAUUCACUUUGAGUAGUGAAAAGUUUAUACAAACCUUACUGUUGAAAAUGACACGACACGCACCUAUUUAGUAACCUGUCAACCAGGAAGUUGAGCAAGGUGCGUGUGGGGGUGUUUAGUUUGGCAUUUGCUUUGAAUUUCUUGAAGACAGGUGUCUGAAAGAAGAAAACUAUUAGUUCCAAGUGGAGCGGUGUGUUCAUAAAUGACUUCCUUAAACAUGUUGGAUUCAAGAGGGAACGACACCAGAGGAAGAGAAAAUCUACCAAUGUUGACCAACUUCAAACAGAACAAUAACGGCUUUCUUAUCACUGAUCCCAGGCCCCCAGAAUACAUACACGCUGUGCACAAGAAGACUGUGAAAGAACUGCUCAUGAUGAGACGCAAGAAACUGAACUGCUCACAGGACGACAACAACUUGGAGCAUACAUUUAAAUGUACAAAAUCCGAAGCUUUUCCCAAUGACCUGAGUCCUCACCUGUUGGGCCCUUCAGGAUCGGUUAACUCCAAUAUGACGAAUAAUGUCCCCCAUGCUCCUCCUGAAAAUGGUCAUAUUGCCCCACAAGAACAUCUGCAAAAUCCGCCUCUGCAGGGACAAGUGGCUCCGACUGCUGAAGUAAAAAUGACUUUAUUUCACUGGCAAGUACAGCGAGAGGCACAGAGGAUUGACAGAGUUUCUCCUGAGCUGCUGAACAUGCAAGAUGCGGAUGGUGACACUUGUCUUCACAUAGCUGUGGCACAAGGUAGACGGGCUGUGGCUUAUGUGCUUGCUACAAAAAUGGCUCAAUGUGGCUCUCUGGACACGAAGGAACACAAUGGGCAGACAGCUCUUCAGAUAGCAGCUGCCACUAACCAGCAGCUCAUAGUUCACGAUCUGCUGGCACAUGGAGCACAAAUCAACACUCGAAACGUCUGGGGCCGAUCUCCUUUACACGUGUGUGCUGAGAAAGGCCAUUUGUCCAGUCUUCAGAGCAUCUGGAGGACCCUUAUGGGGAGUGGGCAGCCGAUUGAUAUUGAAAUGUUCAAUUAUGAUGGUUUUACGCCGCUACAUGCAGCAGUCUUGUCUCACAACGCUGUUGUUAAAGACAUGAGGAGUCUGGACAAUAUUUGUUCAUUUAUGGCAAAGGAGCUGGAGCAGAGGACACAGAAGUAUGUUGAGUGUAUUAAGACUCUGCUGCUCAUGGGUGCCUCCUGUGGGACAAAGGAUCAAAAAAGUGGAAGGACGUGUCUUCACAUGGCUUCUGAGGAGGCAAAUGUGGAGCUGUUGAACAUUUUCCUUGACCAGCCAUCUUCACUGUAUGUUGUAAAUGUUAAGACAUUCAGUGGAAACACAGCCCUGCACGUUGUCAGCGCUUUGCAAAAUCAUAAAACUCAAGUAGAAGCAGUGAAGCUGCUGAUGAGAAAAGGCGCAGACCCGGGGAGCAGGAACUUUGAAAAUGACCUGCCAUCUCAGAUGGUGCCUGAAGGACCCGUUGGUUUAAAGGUGCGGCAGAUCCUGAAAGGGAAACAUUUUCAUGCUUAAGUGAAGCUCAAAAUCACUGUCAGUCAGACAGUCCAAUCUAUCAUAUUUAUUAUUUGCCAAACAAGGCAGAUGCUAGUUGUUUCAGUGAAACAUGCCAAAUGGUUCAUUACUAUGUAAUGCUCACAGAGAAAGUAAAGAUAUGAUUUGUAUUUUUUUUGUUUAUUAACCUUUAUUGUUUUAGGCAUGAAGCCAAUACUUUUAAGAUUGCCAUACAAUGAGCACACAUGCUCUGUAAAUCUGUAUGUGUUGUGUUUUGGAUAAUGAUUUGGGAUAAUUGAUGACAAGUUGUUCCAUAGUUAUGGAGGAUUUAAUCAUGGGUUUUCUUUAUUAGAAUGUAGGAAUAUUAUGCUUCAUAUCAUUGUUUUUGGAAAUGCAUGAACAGUUAACAUGUGGUUCUUAUUCUUUAAAGCAUUCUAUUUUGGUGUCUAUAAAGUCAGCUGUUUGUAUAAAAAUGUAAAUGCAUUUUCUCAAAGGUUUAAUAUUGUAGUUUGUGUAGACAAUGUACACACUGACCACACUGGACAUUUUAUUGCGUGAUGUUUUAUCAUGAAUUUUCAACCUGAAAUAGUCAGGAUAUUUUAAUAGUCCAUAUUUUGUGUGCAUUUUGAAAAUGUUUAGUUAAUUUAGAAAUGUUAUGCAACACAUAUUUUGAAGUAAUCUACAUAAAGUUAAAUUAAUGUAGAUAGAUUACAUAAAACAUUUAAUAUAUAUUGUGAUGACACUUGUUUUUCUUUAACAAUGUAUACUUUCCUACAUGUGUAUGCUUGUUUUAAUCUGAAUGGUCACAAUACAAUAACAAUGUUCCUGCUGGGGAUCAAUAAAGGUUUAUCUCACCUUA